GUCGCGAGUGCUUAGUAGAAUGCACCAUUAGGCACAUAACCUCGAAAUUUGAAAUUGACAUUGUUAAUCGUUUACUUUUGUAUGUGUGAUAGGAUAUUUUUAAUAUUUUAUAAAAAUGAUGAGAACACUUCAAGACUUCGAGCUUCCUCUAGAUGGACAAAUCUCUCUAUGCCAAAUAAACGGUAGAGUAUUUUACACAAAUUUCGAUAUCGCCAAUUUGAACGCGUUAACGAAUACAUUAGAGCAUCAUCCUAAAAUUCACAUUACCAGAGACUUAUUGCAUCCAACAACGUCGGGUGACGAAGGGAAAGCUCUGUUCUUACCUGUAGAUGUUUCUUUUCUCAAACAACUAACUCAAGUUUAUUAUGAACAGGGUUAUAUUGAAGCACUGCAUACAGCAGCUUCUCACAAUCAAUUAUUUAUAUCUAAAUCUUCCAAAGCAAUAUUAGCAUUAUUAAAAUAUAUUAGGAAAGUUAGGUUAUUAAUUAAUCCAAAUUUAAGAUACAGUGGCCCUAGUUUAAUAGGUAACUAUACACAAACCAGGAAUUGGCUUAAUACUACGAUCAGAUAUAUUUCUUGGCAUCCUUAUUGCAUCAAAGUGGCAAUAGUUACUUGUGAUGACAGUGUGAGAAUUUUCAGUAAUGAUUCCAAUUCAGUUUCUCCAUUGUUAAAAUAUAAACUCCAGAAACAUAUUACUUGUGUCGCAUGGAGACCAAUGUCAAAUACAGAAAUUGCAGUGGCACAUGAAAACGGGAUAAUCGUAUGGAAUAUUGAUCCUAACUCUCUGAUUACCAGACCCUCGAUAAGUAAUGCAACUGUAUUGCAAAGGGAAGAUCACAGACCUGUUAUGAGUAUGGCAUGGUCUCCUAAAGGUGAUAAAUUAGCUACUGUAGCAGCAUGUGACAGGACAAUAUAUAUUUGGGAUGUAGAAUUAGGAAAAACUAGUAUUUUGAAGAGAUCUGGAGGCUCAGGAAAUAUUCUAAUAAAAUGGUCUCCCACUGGGGAAAAACUUUUGACCUGCACAAAUAGUCUUGUAUUUAGAGUUUGGGAUUGUCGAAAUUGGGAAUGUGAAAGAUGGACGGUAUUAAAUGGUAGAGUCCAAUCAGCCUGUUGGUCAAAUUGUGGUACCACACUUUUAUUUGCUACCGAUACAGAAACGAUAAUAUAUGGAGUGAUUGUGAAACAUGAUUUAAUAUUCACUUCUGACUCUGACACAUCGUCCAAUCAAGCUCUUCCUAUAUUUGACAUAAGUAAGGUUGAUAUAGAUGGUGUUAUUGUUGGAGGAUUAGUUCAGUGCAUGGAAAGUGAUCCUAAAGGAAAAUUGUUGGCUGUUAUGUUUCAAGACACAGAUUGUAUAGCUGUUUUUAAUAUAGUUCGACAACAAGGAUUGCAACUUAUAGCUAGUUCUCUAAUAAAUGGCUUACCCGAAGAAAAACCGAGUACUAUUAACUUUCUUCAAGACUUUGAAGCAGGAGCAUGUUUAUCUAUAGGAUGGUCAAGUGGAAGAAUUCAAUAUUUUCCGGUUAUUUAUACAGAUUUACCAUCUACCGAAAACAGUUUUAUAUCUUCCACUUUAAAUUCAUGUAAUGCGUCCAUUUUUUGAAUGGAUAACAAAAAUACUGCAAAGACUAAAAAUGCAUAGAGUGAAUCAAAAGAACAUGUAAUAUCAAUUGUGAAAAUUACAAAAUGAAAUUGGUCAACAUAACAACAUCGGCCAACAAUUUUAGAAACAAUGCUUGGCUUUGGAAGAUUGACCCCUAUUUAUUUUAAUCUUAAUUUUCAUAUAUUUCAAAAAAUAUUCUUAAAUAAAAAUAUCUUGAAUAAAA